GGCGGAUAUGUUUGGAGUCCUAGUCAGCAGUGUUGUGCUCGGUUGCUAACUUACUGUGUGGUGAAGAAGAUGUCGCUUCUGUCAGAAUCUGAGCGCUCUGGAUGUUUAAAAAUACUGAAAUUAAUGUCGAACGUUGACCUUCUGUCACUGAGUGACACCGUUACCAAUAAAUUGAUCGUGGUGGAAGAUGUCACAGAGGCCAGGGAGACAAUCCUUUCCUUCACUAAAAAUGCAGAGGAACUACUGAAAAGGAAGAAGGUUCACAGAGACAUCAUAUUCAAAUACCUGGCCAAGGAGGGGGUGGCGAUGCCUCCCAGUAGUGAGAAACACCAGUUGGUGAAGAGGACGCUGGAACUCUGGUCAGCUUCGCAGACGGUGGGUGAGGAACAUAUUCCAGGAGCCACAGAUGACAUCGGACAGAGAGCAAUGCCAAACACCGCGGCGACGACAGCUGAUAUUUGCCAAGACACUUUAGUCCUAGGACAGCAAUUCUGCAGUUGGUUUUUCCAAAUGUUGAACAGCCAAAACCCAUCACUGGGCCAUCAACCUCAAGACUGGGGACCACAGCACUUCUGGUCAGAUGUGAAGCUCCGGCUUGUUGCCAGAGCUGGUGAUGAGCAGAUGGAAGAGUUCCUGGGUGCCCAACUCGUCAGCUCUCGUCUCCUGGCCUUGACCCAGGAGGAGCGUCUGCAUUUCAGCCCCAACUUGGAGCCGCAUGGCCUUAAGGCGCUGACCUCCCCCCACGGCCUGGUCAUAGUGGCCGUUGCCGGGACCAUCCACAGAGACACGAUGUGCCUCGGUGUAUUUGAGCAAAUAUUUGGACUCAUUCGCUCACCGCUGGAAGAAAACAGCUGGAAAAUCAAGUUUGUCAACAUGAAGAUCAGAGGCCAGGAUGCUCUGGUUGGGGCGCAGGUGACUGCACCAGCUCUGACUUGCAACUCCACUGAAUUACAGAUGCUGUGUUCUGUAUGAUGUUUGAGACUUUUAUCGUGUCAUGUUUAACAAUUUUCACACAAUUUGGGUGGGGGUUUACUAAAAACAGUUUUAUACAUGAACCUCCCUGAGGCAUGUUGUUGAUAAAGUUAAACAUUUUUUGCAGAAUGAUGCCAAUUUGUUUUUAUCAAUAGAUUCUGAUGUGCAAUAUCAGUUAUAUUACUUAUAUCAUUAAAAUGUUUGCUUUUUACCAGCUCUAAGAAUAUUUCUGUUAGAUUUUAUUUUACCAUGGAGCAUAUUAAGUCUUGUGAUCUGUGGGGUCAUAACAAGUGAUAUGUACAUAUGUAAUAUAUGUUCCAGAGUGAAGUCAUGCUUGCCUACCAUGAUAAACGCUGUACUGGCUCGACUACUGAGGUAAUAUUGGAAUUAGCUUUCUGACAAAGGCCAGCACUUUAUGCUCCAGAAUGCCUUGAUAGUCUUGAUAUUGAUGUUUGCCCAGCACCAUUACCAGACUGGACAAAGCAGCCCCACAUCAGAACUGACCCUGAUGUCUGUUUCACAGUUGUUACAGUGUUCUUAUUGGAAACGCAGCACAGGGAAGGUUGUGGUACGCUUUUAAAUGAGAUUUUGAAUAGAAAACCCACAAUCAUCAACAAAAUAGUUGAAGGCUGGUGUUUGCUGAGAAACAGUGACAAGCCACAAUGCGUCUGGGACAAUUGUUACAUUGAAUUCAUGCUAAAAGGAAGUCAGCACACACCUGCCACCAUUUUAAAAACGCCUCUGAUGAAGUUCAGAUACAUUUCAGUUUUUCUAGUUUUUAUAUGUCACAUUUUACAAGAGAAUUUCCACAUCAUUAAAUAUUACACACACCAUGGAGCUCUAGGGAAAACAAAGAAGUGGGUAUUGUUUGUCUAUUGUGUUGUGCAGAUGAUAGGCCAAAUAGUAGUGGAACAGCUUUUUAAUUUUUUUGUCUUGUUCUUGUUUUUAUAUCACAAAAGCCUGGCACUUCAACAAAGGUGCGUAGCAUGUGUGUCGCUAGGCCCUUUGUUGGUGUGGCUUGGAGCGGCCUAAAACUGAUCUGAAGCCCCUGUAAAAUAAAAAGUGGAUUCUCGAAAAUGCCCCACACCCCUCAUUUUUGGGGGAAGACGGGGUCAACGUCUGUUAAACCCCCACCUCGCAAUGCCCCUGG